GAGCAACAGACAACACUGCCAAAGAAGGCAGAAUUGGCAACACCUCGACAUUCUCCCAUGGACAGCGCAGUCGCUCUAUAAGCAUUACGCGCCGUGGGACUGCUUCCGCGCUCUUCCAGCCUUUCGCCCCCACCCCCCCCCCCCCCCUUUCGCAGCAUUGCCACCCCCAAUCCAAUGGACAACGCCGUGUUUGCAGGAGGCGCCCAAAGUGAGGCGACGACGCUAGUAGCCACCACCCAUUCAAGUCCGUCCGGCCGGGACAGAAGCAAUGAUCGAGACGCAGUGGACGAGACCUAUGUCUUUGUCGAUUACAUCCCGCUGCUCUGCAACGCCUGCGGCCUGCCACUUGCCAUUUCGAUGGACUCCGUCACUCUUAUCGCAGACGCUCCCGGAGCCACGGUUGCGCUCUCCAUUCAGAACCUUGUCCACGCUGAGACUCAUGAUCCCUCUAGCAUCACAAAUGGCGCUUACGAGAGCGCCUUGAAACACUUUCAACUCAAUCUCGACUCGCAGGAAUACGACCAAAUUGCUCAAUGCGCGACUUUCACGGAUGUGGUUACCGCGCUGGUGGCGUGCAAGAACGCCCAGGCGGCCCAGAGCACCACCAAGCAGUGCGCAAUUCAGCACAUGGAUCGUUUGCUACAGCGAAUCCAUCACUACAAGGGCGUUGUCGACAUAGCCGUGCAAAACAGCCCCCAGCUGGUUAGCCUCGUCUGGGCGUCCAUGGUAUUCCUGAUCAAGGUCACCUCGUCUUUCACCACUCUCCAAAGCAAGUUGACCUGCAUGCUCUCCGAGAUAGCCGACAGUGUUGGCCGGGUGGAACUAUUCAAGACGCUAUAUCCAACACAGCACAUGCUGUGCGUCGUUGCCAACCUCUACGCCGAGAUCGUCGAUGUCUUAAGAUCGAUGAUAGAUUUCUGGAAGCGCAACCGACUUGACCGGAGGAUCUUCCAUGCCUUCUGGAACCCCUUCGAGAUCAAAUACCAAUCCGCCAGGGAGAGAAUCAAAUAUCUUGUUGACCUUAUUGAUAGGACCGCUACAGCCUCCCACAUGGCGGCUAUGAAGACACAAAAUUCGGACAUUCUAGUAGCAGUUCAAGGAAUACAAGCUAGGCUAGACGAGCAACGUGAGUCCGCACGGCAAGAAAGUUUCAUCGGCCAGCAGCCUACUCACUAACCGGCCCAUUAGACAAUGCCCUCCUCAUACUUCAAGCCGACACGGCGGUGGCGAGGAACUAUUCUCAAAAUUUGAGGCGAUACCUGCUCUCAGCGAGUGCGCAGAAGGAUGAGGAUAGUUUUCUUCAGUUCCAGCUGGCUCGCCAGACCCACGGGGUCUGCGACUUUAUCCUGAAGACGGACCAGUAUGAGACUUGGGCUCAUUCUCGAUCUUCCAUCUUGCUGGGCGUGGUUGGUGGUCCCGGCAGUGGCAAGACGAUCGUCUCUGCCUUCCUCUGCGGAAAGGCGCGUGCCUC